AUGAAUCGCACAGGUUUAUCCAUCAUUUUCUUCACACACUUGCAAGGGGUGGAGGUAAUACUCAUCGGUCUACUAGUUCAAGGGUCGUACCGGCCCAUCAUCUACCCCCAAUUGGAGGAAGUUCAUUCCGCGAAAGAUGAGGAGAAGGCGAAUGUUCCAUCACUGGAUCUGGGUGCAUCUCAUUUGGCCGGUAAGAAAGGCUCGGAUCAGAUAGUAAGGUAA